AUGAAGUAUCGUGACGAAAUACGACCACGUUUAGGAUUACUUCGUGGACGCGAAUUCAUCAUGAAAGAUUUAUACACAUUUGAUAAGACCGAAGAAUUGGCAUUAAAAACUUAUGAUGAAAACGAAAUUAAUGAAUCAUUAAAAUUACAGGCCAAUGCCGACACUGGAAAUAUCGGUGGGACAAAAUCUCACGAAUUCCAUUACUUAUCCGCCGUUGGAGAAGAUUUGAUAUUAUACUGUACGCGGUGCGGAUAUUCUUCCAACGAAGAGCGGGCAACUGGUAUUCUCCCUACACCGUCAACUUUCUCUGACAUAAACCCAACAAUGAAAAUUGGCAUCACUAAUGACAAAAGACGUUUUGUAAUAAUAUUGGGAAGCGGACGUGAACUAAAUGCAUUUAAGCUAAAGGAGGACCUACCUGGAGACUCUAUAGAAUUAUUGAAUCUCGGGGAUCACGAAAAUGUUAAGGAGUAUCUUCGUGCUAAUCUAACUUCUACAUUGAACAUCCUUGUGGAUAAAACAUUUUCCGCGGAUAUCCUUAGUUUGGAUUCGCUUUUGAGAAACGAGGUAGUUAACGAAGUCAGUUGA